UCCCUCUCGGCAUGCGUUGAAGCCGAGUCCGAGGUUGGCAUGGUAAUGAAAGUCGGGUGUAGUGGCCCCAUGAGCGUAGGUUGUCAACGCUCUAAUUCGGCCCGACAACACUUUUCAGUCGGCGGUUGGCCGCUUGAUGUGUACAUUCCUCUUCUAUUCUUGUCUCUUCUUCUUCUUCCCAUGCAGGUCCGUGCCCAUCCUGUCCUCCAAGGCCUCGGCAGACCCGGGCUCGACUGUUUCAUUCGCUUCACAGCGGGUGAGUAA